CCUUUUUUUCAGGCUAAUUAAGAGGCUAGUUUUCUUGAUGAAAAUGCAUUGAUUCUUGGCACUCACUUGGUAGCUAAACUCUCUGUGAAUCAAAGUUUCAAUUUUUUGUUCUCACUCUUCUCUGGGUUUUCUUCACACUUUGAGUUCAGUUUCCAGUGUCACUGUCACCAUCCUUCUCAUCCCAAAUUCCCAACCAGCUAGUUGGUUAUUCUUUCCAGUGGCAGUUACUAAUUCUUGGAUUUUAAACUGCUUCCUUUUUUUCUUUCCCUCCUCACUUUGUUUAUCUCAAUCAUUUUAAACUGCUAAUUAGCAUGCAUUCUUUGGAACCAUUGAAGUGGUUGUAGCAACUAGCUCAUAUAUUCUUCAGUCAUGUAUUCGGUUCUGCUGUUUUUGUUCUUGGAAAGAAGAGGUCUUUGGUUCUUGUUAGAUAUAUAACAGAAAGUGGAGAACUUUAGGGGGAGAAAGAAAAGGGAAAGAUGAAGAAGCUAUGCACUUCAUUGUUGUUGUUGUUUCUGGGUUUGGUUUCCAUGUUCGCUCUUGUGGCUUCUGAUUCUCUGCCCCCAACUGAAGUUUGGGCGCUUUCUAGCUUCAAAGAAGCCAUGUAUGAUGACCCUUUUCUAGCUCUAUCCAAUUGGAAUACGAUAGAUUCAGAUCCUUGUAACUGGUUUGGUGUCUUAUGCACUACUGCUAGAGAUCAUGUCAUCAAACUAAACAUUUCAGGAUCAUCGUUGAAGGGAUUUCUUGCACCAGAGUUGGGGCAAAUCACCUACUUGCAAGAACUAAUUUUGAGCGACAAUGAACUCAUAGGAAUAAUACCUAAAGAGUUGAGCAUGUUGAAGUCCCUUAAGGUGCUGGACUUGGGAAAUAAUCAGUUAUCCGGACCAAUUCCUCCAGAGCUUGGAAAUUUAACUGAACUUGUGAACAUGAAUCUGCAGUCCAAUGAUCUGACUGGCAGGUUACCUCCGGAGCUUGGGAAUUUGAAAUACCUUCAAGAACUUCGGCUCGAUAGGAAUAAGCUCCAAGGGCCUGUUCCUGGUGGUGACAGUUCAAAUUUUUCCUCAACUAUCAAUGGGAUGUAUGCUACAAAUGCAAAUUUAACUGGCUUCUGUCGUUGGUCUCAGUUAAAAGUAGCGGACUUUUCGUAUAACUAUUUAGUUGGCAGCAUACCUGAUUGCUUGCAUUAUCUUCCAAGUUUAUACUUUCAAGGAAACUGCCUUCAGAUUCAGAACAAAGACGCAAAGCAGCGGCCCUCUAUUCAAUGUGCCGGUGCAUCACCUGCAAGAAGCCAGCCAUUGGUGAAUCCUAAUAUGUAUGUGUCGAAGCAUCAUGGAGCAUCAAAACCUGUUUGGCUUCUGGCUCUAGAAAUAAUAACGGGAACCAUGAUUGGUUCUCUCUUCCUGAUUGCUCUUCUCGCUGCCCUUCAGAGGUGGAAUAAAAAAGCAUCCAUCAUUAUUCCUUGGAAAAAAUCUACAAGCCAGAACGACAGCACGACAGUAUAUAUAGACCCCGAGAUGUUGAAGGAUGUGAGAAGGUAUACCAGACAAGAGCUUGAAGUUGCCUGCGAAGACUUUAGCAACAUAAUCGGGUCAUCACCAGACAGUGUGGUCUACAAGGGAACCAUGAAAGGUGGACCUGAGAUUGCUGUAAUCUCCCUCUGCAUCAAGGAGGAGCAUUGGACAGGAUAUCUUGAACUCUAUUUUCAAAGAGAGGUGGCAGACUUGGCAAGGUUAGAUCAUGAGAAUACAGGAAAACUGCUGGGGUAUUGUAGAGAGAGCACUCCAUUUACAAGGAUGUUAGUUUUUGAGUAUGCUUCAAAUGGGACACUUCAUGAGCACCUACAUUGCUACGGAGAAAGAUGUCAAUUCUCCUGGACAAGGCGUAUGAAAAUCAUAAUAGGCAUUGCACGUGGGCUCAAGUAUCUACAUACGGAAAUUGAGCCUCCAUUCACUAUUUCAGAGCUGAAUUCUAGUGCUGUAUACCUUACAGAAGAAUUUUCCCCCAAGUUGGUUGAUUUCGAAAGUUGGAAGACAAUCCUUGAAAGAUCAGAAAAGAAUUCUGGUUCUAUUGGCAGUCAAGGUGCUAUUUGUGUCCUUCCAAAUUCCGUCGAGGCUCGCCAUCUCGAUACAAAAGGAAACAUACAUGCUUUCGGGGUACUUCUACUGGAGAUAAUCAGUGGAAGACUUCCAUACUGCAAGAACAAGGGGUACUUGGUUGAUUGGGUAAUAAAAAACUUGACAAAAUGUUAUGUUAAAAAACGUUUGGUUUGGCUAAGUGGUUAUGCUAAACGUGUAUAUGUGAUGCCUCUGCAGGCCAAGGACUAUCUUGAAAUGCCAGAAGUGAUGUCAUAUGUGGUGGAUCCGGAAUUGAAACAUUUCAGAUAUGAUGACCUCAAAGUGAUAUGUGAAGUAGUGAGCCUCUGUAUCAACCCUGAUACCACUGCUCGCCCGUCUAUGCGAGAAUUAUGCGGCAUGCUUGAGAGCAGAAUCGACACGUCAACUAGCGUGGAGCUCAAGUCAUCAUCAUUGGCCUGGGCUGAACUUGCACUCUUAUCAUAAUUGAGUUCAAAACUCAAAGAACUAACAGAUCCUACACUAAAGCAUACAUAGAUAUACAAGAGCAAGCAGCACUUAUUCUUGUUCUUUCUUUUCAAUUAUCUCUUCCUAUUGUAAAUGAUUGCUAUAGAAGGGAUUAUGCUAGGUUUAAUCAUGACAAGGCCUCGUUGUAAAGCACUUUCCAGAAAUUGUUGAAUAGAAGAAUUAUGUAUAUUAGGAUUAGGUUUAGAGUUUAGAGUGCAUGUAUAUGUUAAGAAACUUGAGUUUCAAGCCACUCAUUCAUUAUUCCUCUUCUAUAGUACAGAACAGGUUGUAUCAAUAUACAUAGAAGAAAACAAAAGAAAAUGAGAGAAUAGUGGCAGGCACUCUAAAAUAAU